AUGGCCCUGCUGCCCAGCACCGUGGUUGUGGCAGGCCUGCUCCUCUGGACCGGACAGACAGGGGGGGCAUGGAGGCUUCCUAACAGCACGGUGGCCCCGGCCCAGCCUGAGGGCACAACCGUGCCACCCCUGGGUGGCCUGGGGCCUCGGUAUCGCCAGAAGCGCCACAUCUCCACCCGGGACAUGAGCGCCUUACUAGAUUACCACAACCACAUCCGAGCCAGCGUGGACCCACCUGCCGCCAACAUGGAGUACAUGGUCUGGGACGAGCAGUUGGCCAGGUCUGCCGAGGCCUGGGCCACACAAUGCAUCUGGGGCCACGGGCCCUCACAGCUGAUGAGAUACGUGGGCCAGAACCUCUCCAUCCACUCUGGCCGUCAUGGCAUUCUGGAACCAGAAGGGGCUGCUCUGCACCUUGGGAAAGUUGGGCCUACCUCUCACGGUGCCCCGGCCCAGCCUGAGGGCACAACCGUGCCACCCCUGGGUGGCCUGGGGCCUCGGUAUCGCCAGAAGCGCCACAUCUCCACCCGGGACAUGAGCGCCUUACUAGAUUACCACAACCACAUCCGAGCCAGCGUGGACCCACCUGCCGCCAACAUGGAGUACAUGGUCUGGGACGAGCAGUUGGCCAGGUCUGCCGAGGCCUGGGCCACACAAUGCAUCUGGGGCCACGGGCCCUCACAGCUGAUGAGAUACGUGGGCCAGAACCUCUCCAUCCACUCUGGCCGGUUCCGCUCCGUGGUGGAUCUCGCCAAGUCUUGGUCGGAUGAGAGGCGGCAUUACUCGUUCCCAGCCCCCAAGGACUGUACCCCACACUGCCCCUGGCGCUGCAGCGGCCCUGUGUGUGCCCACUACACCCAGAUGGUGUGGGCGUCCUCCAGCCGGCUGGGCUGCGCCAUCCACACCUGCAAUAGCAUCGAUGUGUGGGGCAGCACGUGGCGCCGGGCGGUGUACUUGGUGUGCCAUUAUGCCAUCCGGGGCAACUGGAUUGGAGAGGCACCCUACAAGAUGGGGAAGCCAUGUUCCGCCUGUCCCCCCAGUUAUCAAGGCAACUGCAACCGCAACAUGUGCUUCUCCGGACUCAAAUCCAAUAGGCUUCUGGGGAUCUGAAUUCCCCUGCAGCCCUUGGGUUCUUCGGUGCUGGAACUCUCCCCCAAACUAGGAUCCACAAAGAACUUGGAGGAAAAAAAAAAAGACUAGGUGCUGGUGGCUCACGCCUGUAUUCCUAGCUACUCAGGAGGCUGAGGUCUAAGGAGUG